AUGUUAUUAUUUUUUCUCCUCUUAUCCACUGUGUCGGAACAUAGCGCUAAAAAGGACGUGAUCUCUUGUAACGGUGUUAUAUUCGACCAUGUUUAUUUUGACAGGGAAUUAUUAAUUGUAAAUCUUGACAGACCCUACAAUUUAGUUCUACACAAAUUCUCCAACACUCUAUUCUUCAGUCAUACGAUACAUAAUGGCACUGAAGUGGACUUCGAAAUAAUGUCAUACGAUAUGAGUAAGAAAGAGAUUCAGAAAGUCGAAGGAAUUCCAGGAGGAUAUGCUAUCGCAUACGAUCCUGGCAACGACGAUGUAUAUUUUGGUGGACAUGAUGGGAUUUAUAAAUAUAAUUUUUUGAAUAAAUCAGCUGAAUUCUUCGCUGAAGAGGGCAAAUCUAUAUGGGGAUUGUUUGUAAGAAAGAAUUUCUACUACAUUGAGUACCCGACACAAAAGCUAUACGUUUUAGUCAACGAAAAAUUCGUCCAAGUGGCAGAAGCUGUGAAUAUUGAAGUGGACAAUUUCUUUGUAUCAAAACAUAAUAAUAUAUAUUUCGCUAAUAAAACAGCUCUUUACAAAGUUGAGAAGAAUAGUAAGAAUACUAUUGUACUGAGUGAUGAUAUCACAGUAAGACAAAUUGUAGAAGAUAGUUACGGUGAUAUAUAUUUUUCUGGAAACGGUAUUUAUGUGGAGAACAAACCUUAUUUUAGCGUUAAAAAGGUAGCCCAUAUUGACGUUUUUGGUAUAGCGUUUGAUGAAAAUGAUUACGUGAUGUACUCUGAUAGGAAUGCUAUUUAUAGACUUAUCCAAAGUAAUAAUAGUGCAAGUUGUUCUGAUACGGCGCUGCUAUUUUAUAUAAUAGUGACAAUAUAUCAAGUGCAGAAUUUACCAGAUAAAGCAUGUAAUCGAUUAAAAAUUGGGAAUAAAUGGUAUGAGAGAAGUUCUCUCUGGUCAGGCCUCGGCAAGCCAUACAAUUUGAAUGUUCACAACGGAUCUAAUACGCUAUUCUUCAGUUUCACCACACCAGAAACCUACUCAGAUGUGGACUUUCAGUUGGCAUACUAUAACUUGAAUAGUAAAGAGUACUCGACCAUCGUCGGAAUAACAGGAGGCUGCACUAUUGCGAUAGAUCAGGCUAACGAUGAAAUUUACUUAGGGGGAAGUGAUGGCAUAUACAAAUAUAACAUGUUUACGAAAAUAGCUGACUUUCACAAAGAACGUGGUGUCAAUAUUUGGGAACUUUAUUUUAAGAGAAAUUUAUUCUAUAUAAGCUAUCCAGAUCAAAAACUAUAUAUGGAAGUGGAUGGUAAAUUCACUGUAGUGAGAGAGUUUAGUGAUAUUGAAAUAGAUCAUUUUCAUAUCAAUAAUGAUAAUGUUUAUUUUGCUAAUAAAACUGGAUUAUAUAAAUAUAAUAAGUACUUUGAGGCUAUCAAUUAUUUGAUCACAGUGCGACAAAUUGUAAAAGAUAACAAUGGAAAUGUAUACAUAUGUUCUAAUUUAGGUAUGUUUUUAGUUAAUGAGGACGGUCUUACAAAAGUUUUGGAAAUGAAAAAUAUUCAUGGAUUAGCGUUUGAUAAAGAUAAUAAUUUUAUUAUAUCAGAUGAAAAAUCUAUUAUCAAGUUGGUUGAAAGUACAGUUAUGUGUAUAGAUGCUGAUGAUCAUUGG